UCGCGCUCUGUUGAGUCUCCGUUUUUUUGGUUCGUACAAGGGGUCGCACUCCUCAGGCCCCGUCGUCCACACCCAGCUUUCGGGGUCGCCUGGUGAGUAUAUAACCUUACCUGAGAAGACCAGAAGCAGAGGGAGAAAAGGAAGAAUGGCUCUUUUCCAGGGACGGUUGACAUUCAGGGAUGUGGCCAUAGAAUUCUCCCAGGAGGAGUGGGAGUGCCUGGACCCUGCUCAGAGAGCCUUGUACAGGAACGUUAUGUUGGAGAACUACAGGAACUUGGUCUUCCUGGGUGAGGAUAGCUUCCGUCUAGAAGUUGGAAGCCCUUCUGAUGGAUUUCCAAUCAAGGAAUUAUUACCAACAGAAGACAUUAAUAAAGGAGAAUCUUACCACUUAGUGAUAUUGGAGAAAAAUGAAAGCCAUGGCAUCAAGGAUUUUGAUCUCAAGGAAGUCUGGGAAACUAUGGAUGAGUUUGAGAGUCAGUGGGGAUAUGAUGCAAGAAAUUACAAAGAAGUGCUUUUGACCCAUAACAAAAAUCUCACUUGUAGAAGAGACUGGCAACUUAAUCAGUCCUCAGUUACUCUUCCUCAAAAGCAGAGUGUUUCUGUAAGAAAUAAUACAUACCAGUAUUUCAUGGAUGAUGAGCCAUUUAUAAGGAAUUUGUUAAAACUGGACAAUAACCUGAGUGGUGCUGGAAACCAAUACAUGAACUGCCUGGAAAAUACAAUUGGAUUAAGUUUGCAGGCACACCUGGCUGAACUGCAGGGAUUUCACAGUGAGGAGAAAAUGUAUGGAUGUAAUCCAGUUGAGAAGUGUGUCAGCAGUGGUUCCUCAGUCUCACCACUUGAAAGAAUUCCUCCCAGUACUAAAAACAUUUGGAAUAAAUCUAGGAAGAUUUUUAAAUAUCCUUUGUUACCUACACAAGACAGGAGAGCAUACACCAGGGGACUAUCUUACAAAUGUAAUGACUGUGGGAAGGCUUUUAGUAAAAGCGCAAACCUUGUAAGUCAUGAGAGAAUUCAUUCUGGACAGAGACCUUACAAAUGUAAUGACUGUGGCAAAGCCUUUACGGACCUUUCAAAUCUUAUCCACCAUAGAAAAAUCCAUACUGGAGAGAAACCUUACAAAUGUAAUGAGUGUGGCAAAGCAUUUACCCAAUUUGGAAACCUUACUAGGCAUCAGAAAACACACACUGGGGAGAAACCACACAAAUGUAAUGUGUGUGACAAGGCUUUUAUCCGAAGUUCAAGCCUUAUGGCACAUCAGAGAGUUCAUACAGGAGAAAAGCCUUAUAAAUGUAAUAAGUGUGAUAAAGCUUUUAUCAAACAUUCACACCUUUGGGGUCAUGAGAGAACUCAUACUGGAGAGAAACCGUACAAAUGUAAUGACUGUGGCAAAGCUUUUGCUGAGCGCUCCCAUCUUACUCAACAUAGAAAAAUCCAUACUGGAGAGAAACCUUACAAAUGUAAUGAGUGUGGCAAAGCAUUUACCCAAUUUGCAAACCUUACUAGGCAUCAGAAAAUACACAGUGGGGAGAAACCACACAAAUGUAAUGUGUGUAACAAGGCUUUUAUCGAAAGUUCAAGCCUUAUGAGACAUCAGAGAAUUCAUAAGGGAGAAAAACCUUAUAAAUGUAAUAAAUGUGAUAAGGCUUUUAUCAAACGUUCAGACCUUUGGGGUCAUGAGAGAACUCAUACUGGAGAGAAACCUUACAAAUGUAAUGACUGUGGGAAGGCUUUUAGCAAAAGCUCAAACCUCAUGAGUCAUGAGAGAAUUCAUUCUGGACAGAGACCUUACAAAUGUAAUGACUGUGGCAAAGCCUUUAUGGAGCACUCACAUCUUACUCGACAUAAGAAGACCCAUACUGGGGAGAAACCUUACAAAUGUAAUGAUUGUGGCAAAGCCUUUGCUGAGCGUUCAGGCCUUAGUCAGCAUGAGAAAAUCCAUACUGGAGAGAAACCUUACAAAUGUAAUGAGUGUGGCAAAGCUUUUAAGCAGUGCUCACACCUCAUUAGACAUCAGGAUACACAUCCUGGAGAGAAACCACACAAAUGUGAUGUGUGUGGCAAGGCUUUUAUCCAAAGCUAUAACCUUAUAGAACAUCAGAGGACCCAUACAGGAGAAAAACCGUAUAAAUGUAGAAAAUGUGAUAAAGCUUUUAGCAGACGUUCAAACCUUUGGGGUCAUGAGAGAACUCAUACUGGAGAGAAACCUUACAAAUGUAAUGAAUGUGGCAAAGCCUUUACCAAAUUUUCAAAUCUUACAAUACAUCAGAAAAUACAUACUGGAGAGAAACCAUACAAAUGUAAUGUGUGUGACAAGGCUUUUAUCCAAAGUUCAAACCUUAUUGACCACCAGAGAAUUCAUACAGGAGAAAAACCUUAUAAAUGUAAUAAGUGUGAUAAGACUUUUAUCAAACGUUCACACCUUUCGGGUCAUGAGAUAACUCAUACUGGAGAGAAACCGUACAAAUGUAAUGAGUGUGGCAAAGACUUUACGGAACGUUCACAUCUUACCCAGCAUAAGAAAAUCCAUACUGGAGAGAAACCUUAUAGAUGUAAUGAGUGUGGCAAAGCUUUUACCCAAUUUGCAAACCUUACUAGGCACAAGAGAGCACACACCAGAGGAAAAUCUUACAAAUGUAAUGAUUGUGGGAAGGCUUUUAGCAAAAGCUCAAACCUCAUGAGUCAUGAGAGAAUUCAUUGUGGACAGAGACCUCACAAAUGUAAUGACUGUGGCAAAGCCUUUACAGACCGUUCAAAUCUUACUCGACAUAAGAAAAUCCAUACUGGAGAGAAACCUUAUAAAUGUAAUGAGUGCGGCAAAGCAUUUACCCAGUGUGCAAACCUUACUAGUCAUCAGAUAAUACACACUGGAGAGAAACCACACAAAUGUAAUGUGUGUGACAAGGCUUUUAACCAAAGUUCAAGCCUUAUGGCACAUCGGAGAAUUCAUACAGGGGAAAAACCUUAUAAAUGUAAUAAGUGUGAUAAGGCUUUUAUUAAACGUUCAGACCUUUGGGGUCAUGAAAGAACUCAUACUGGAGAGAAACCUUACAAAUGUAGUGAGUGUGGCAAAGCCUUUGCUGAGCGCUCAAAUCUUACUCAACACAGAAAAAUCCAUACCGGAGAGAAACCUUACAGAUGUAACGAGUGUGGCAAAGCUUUUACCCAGUUUGCAUCUAUUACUAGGCAUCAGAAAAUCCACACUGGGGAGAAACCACACAAAUGUAAUGUGUGUGACAAGGACUUUAUCCAAAGUUCAAACCUUAUGGCACAUCAGAGAAUUCAUACAGGAGAAAAACCUUAUAAAUGUGAUAAAUGUGAUAAGGCUUUUAUCAAACGUUCAGACCUUUGGGGUCAUGAGAGAACGCAUACUGGAGAGAAACCUUACAAAUGUAGUGAGUGUGGCAAAGCAUUUACCCAUUUUGCAACCCUUAGUACACAUCAGAAAAUCCACACUGGAGAAAAACCACACAAAUGUAAUGUGUGUGACAAGGAUUUUAUCCGAAGUUCAAGCCUUAUGAGACAUCGAAGGGUUCAUACAGGAGAAAAACCUUAUAAAUGUAAUAAAUGUGAUAAAGCUUUUAUCAAACGUUCAGACCUUUGGAGUCAUGAGAGAACGCAUACUGGAGAGAACAAAUGUAGUGAGUGUGGCAGAGCCUUUAACGAAGCAUUCAUAUCUUACUCACAUAAGAAAAUCCAUAUGGGAGAGUGUGGCACAGCUUUAACCCAACUGCAAAACUUACGAGGCAUCAGAAAAUACAUGGUGAAAAGAAAAGAGUAUAAGCCAAGUAUGUGUGGCAGUGCUUUUAUUCAAAGCUCAACUUUUGGGGAUCAUCGAAGAACUCAUCGUAGAAAGAAACCUUGCAGAUAAAAUGAGCAAGUGUUCAAGUCUUACUCAACAUCAGAGAUUCCAUCAUGGAGAAGAACCAUAUGAAACUAAUGUAUGUGGGAGAGCUUGUAACCAGGACUCACACCUCACCUGGUAUCAGAAUAUAAAUCUCCAAAAGAAGGCACACAAAUGGAAUGUAUGGCAAGGCUUAUCCAAAGCUUAUACCUUUGGAACAUAAUUCUUUCCAGAGAGAAAUCUUACAAAUGGAAUGAGUGUGAUCAGCUUUAUAAAAGUAUACAACUUGGGGAAGAGGGUAAAAAUAAAUGAAUGGGAUUAAGAGGUAUAGACUCCCAGUGAUUUAAAAAAAAAAAAA